AUGAAACGUGUACUAGAUAUGAGGAAAUACUACAGGGAUACUCAAUCGAAUGUUGGCCCACUCUGUCUUAAUAUAAAACCAAUUUCAGCACCAACUAAAGAUUUAUCCGAUGAUUCCGAUAAUUAUUCUCUCACAGACGUGUCAAGUAUUGUUGAAACAAAAUCAUCAUUAAUCAAUUGCGAUCAAACACCGAAAUUUAAUCAUGCAUCUAUUGAAUCAAGAUCAACAACGCAAAUAGAUAGUUCAACAUAUGAUCAAAAUGUACUCGAUGAUCAAUUAUCUCAAUCACUAUUUGACUACGCAAAUAGUUUCAAUCUAGAUCAAAGUGUGUAUUCAAUAGUAGAUUUAAAAAAUCAAUUGGAUUCUACAAAUCUUAUUAAGAAGCCAUCAGCAAAACAAAGAACGCAAUUAUCAGCAAAUUGUAUUAUACCAUCUUUGGUUGAAAAUACUCAAUGGAAAAAGCAGAAAAGUUAUGACCAUUUUAAAUAUGACAGUCAAUUGAAAAGGAGUAUUCAACAAGAUUUAACUAAAUUAAUACCGUCUAAUUUUUUUUCUAUGAAAACAAAUAAAGAUUCAGGUGGUGACGAUGAUGAUAAUCAAUACAGUGACGAAAAUACAACAAUCCCAGAUGGAUCAAAAUUUGAAUGGGAAUAUUUAUCCGAUGCAAUCGAUCAUUCGAAUAAAUCAUCAAAAAUUUCAUUACAAAAUUCUCCAAUAACAACUAACAGCAAUCAUAUGAAUUCAAAUUAUUUAAAAGAUUUUCAAGAAUUACCUUCAGCAAAUUUUACAAAAACAUUUUCUACUUCACCAAUUAUUAUUUGUGAGAAAACGAAACAAUUUAAUAUUGACAAACAUAAACAGGAUCAACUUCUUCAUGAAUAUACUUCACUAAUACGUCCUGCUCAUAUUAUCGUUAGAGAAAUAUUUUACAAAUCUUCUCCCGUUAAUCCAUCAAUUUUGGCCGAUAAUCUGCCAUCAUUUUUAACUGCCUCUAGUAAACCGUGCUCAGUACCUAAACCAUGUAUUCAUCCAAAACAUAAACUAAUCUAUGAACCCAUAUCGUUAGCACGAAAUAAACUUCACACUGCUGAUGAUCAAUCACAAAAAAUUAUUAUUGAAUAUGAUCACGUUAAUGUUAAUGUUGAUAAAACUGUCAGACAACGAAAAGAAAUAAAGCGUGUUAAUCCAAAUCAAUAUAUUCAACAGUAUGGAAAUUCAUUGUAUACAAAUGAAGUAUUUCGAAAUUUAUUGACAAAGAUUAUAGCGUAG